UAUCAAUGUUAUUGGUGAGUUAAAUUCUCUGUAGGGACAAGGAAGUGUGUCCUACAGGAGGCCAACGAACCCAACUAAACGUUGAAGAUAGAUGGUGUUUACUACGAAGGGAGCUCCGCCCCCAUGUAGGAGAUGCAAGCAGUGCUCAGACUGGCAGUAAUUGCAGUCCCUAUGGGUGUGCUGCUGUCCAGAACAAUGGCAUGGAUGUCCACUGGCAAGACUCACCCUGAACUCAUCAAUCGCCUUAAAGAACAUGGGGUGAUCCACAGUGAUCGGGUGUUUGACGCAAUGCUUGCCACAGACCGAGGGAUUUACUCAAGAGACUACCCCUACGCCGACUCCCCUCAGUCCAUAGGAUUCAGGGCCACAAUCAGUGCUCCGCACAUGCAUGCUCAUGCCCUCGAAGUGCUAAGUGACAAGCUAACAGAAGGGGCCACCGCUUUGGAUGUGGGAUCUGGUAGUGGCUAUCUCACUGCGUGCUUUGCAAGGAUGGUAGGACCCACAGGGAAAGUAGUGGGGAUUGAGCACAUCGAUGAACUGGUGGAGACCUCUAUGAGGAACGUCAGGGCUGACAACCCUGAGCUGCUCUCGUCAGGGCGGAUCAAGCUUGUUGUUGGAGAUGGACGGUUAGGCUUUCCUGAUGGAGCUCCGUAUGAUGCCAUUCAUGUUGGGGCGGCCGCUCCCACGCUCCCUAAAGCUCUCCUGGAUCAGUUGAAACCCGGUGGAAGACUUGUGUUGCCUGUUGGCCCUGAUGGUGGAAGCCAGGUCCUAGAACAGUACGACCGCCAGAGUGACGGCACGUUCAUCAGGAAAGCCCUGAUGGGGGUGAUCUAUGUUCCAUUGACUGACAAGCGGCGACAAUGGCCAGGAGGUGAGCUCUGAACUCUGCCGUGUGGCGUGUGUGGCCCUGCAGGAGGUGUCGCUGGUGCUGCAGCUUUUGAGUUCCCCCUGAUCUCCAGUUUUCUGCUGCCUAGCAACAUGUCCCGUGUGCUUAUUGACUGACACCAGACUGCAGAUGAUCAUUGUCCAAAGGGUUGAAGAGGUUCCAAAGGGCUUUUUGAUUAAUGAGUCUGUCUGUGGUUGAGAAAAUCGUUAGCGAGUGUUCCCAUUCUGUACAUGGAAGAGUUGCGUUCAAAACAUUGACUGGCUGAAAGGUCGGCUCAUAUGUAAAGUUACAUAAAAUCCAUAUAUGGUAUGUAAAAUACAAUGGUUGUGAUAACUCUUUAUUAAGUCAACCAAUUUACCUUUUUUAAUGUUAGAUGCAAAUCCAAGUAGGCUAACAU